UUUCACAAACUGUGAAUGAUACAAGCAGUACAGGAACUGAUGAACCCUCGGUUAGAUGGCUGUAUGCGGAGAUGGAGCUGGAUGAAUCAAGGAUCUGCUGGAAUUGAAGAUGUUAUUCAGAAUAUAAAAAGCAAGCAGUGCUAUCAGGAUAUAGUGAAGGGCUCCUACUUCCCUGGCAUGGGAUAUGCUAUGCUUCCAUUAAAUUACAAUAUGACAGAAGAUCCUCCAGGAGGUUGGAAAAUUAAGCUGUUUCUCGAAAUGCAACCAACAAAAGAUACUGGUGUGUUAUUUGCUUUGAUCAGUGGAGAGAAUGUCCCAUUGUCACUUUCCCUAACGUAUUCCAACUCAACACCAACAGGCAAAAAGCAGGACCUCAUUCUGGCUAUAGAGAAUCGGACGAUGUGUCGAGCGGAGGGGAUUAGCCUGUGUGAUGGCGAGCGUCACUCAGUCAAUCUCACCGUAACCGUUGAAGGCAUCCUGUGGACUGUGGAUGAAGUUGCUCACAGGAGCCACUUGACCAGCUCGGAACUGAGGAAGCAACUAGUCCUGUUGGAUCAAGCCAUGCAGGAAACAGUCAAUACCACACUAGGAGGCAUACCAGCUGUUCCAUUUACAUCCGCACCUAUCACAGCUUCCUUUACCGGAUGCCUCGAUAUAAAGAUUAAUGAUGAAAUUAUCGACCUGGAUGAAGCCAGUCACAGGGAUCCCAAUAUCCAGUCCCACUCAUGCCCAUCAGUGAAGAGAGAAGAUUAGAGUCUGUCAGGCACUCUGUCACUGUAGUAAAUAUUCCUGUGUUCCAAUUAUUGCGUGCCACUGUGUGGAGAUUGUUAUAAAAUUCAUAGGCUGUAAACUGGACAUCAGGAAAACCUUCUGGAAUAAGUGUAGAAUUUAAAAAUGUUUGCCCUGUGCUAAAAGAUAACAACUAAACCAAAAGUGUAAAUUCUAAGACACUUUUUUUAAGAAGUGUUUGUCAAUAUGCGUGUUUAAUUAAACUGAAACUGUAGUGAA